AUGUGUACUCUAAAUCACCACGUUAACUACCAGUUGGAUGCGAAGCAAGUUAGAGGAAGGCUAUUAUCGUAUGGAAGCCAGUCUAAUUUGAAACCAGCUGAUGAUUCGGUUUCAUCACCCGGUGAGUCAGAAUGUUUCCUCCUUGGACUUGUGGCCGGAGAGUAUCUGUUGUUCAACAAAUCGUUUAAUUUGAAAGUUAUUCAGGGCUGUGCAGAGAUUGGAGGUCAUCUCUACCCUGUAAUGGACUCGUAUCGCAGAUUUAGCGUGACGCCAUGGUCGCCGUCAGAGAGGUUGCUGGCCCUGUGUUACAAAACAAAGUCGAAAGGCAGAGAUCCCGUAAAAAAUGUCAAUGAACUUGGAGAGCAUUGUAAAGAAUGUAUGGGCAUAUUGAAUAAGUUGUACGGAGAUACGUGUUGCAAUUUUGUAUACAAGUAUAAGUCGCAGAGGAAACUGCUGAUGAAGAGAUUUGGAGUCAGUGAGUCAGAGCUGCAAGUAGAAUCGGAUAAGUACGCAGAAUACGUUAAGUACUAUGAAUCUCAAAUGAAGCAGAAGUUUGACACUGUGCUUAUGCUGUCUACCUACACCAGCUGCUUUGGAACAGUGAGUGUGUACGACGCGUUGGACACAGUAAAUCCGCCAAGAUUGAUGUCAGAUGAGAUACGUAAAAAAUGUAGAACGAGAAUUUGUGAAAAGCUGCUCAGCUUGUUUAUAUCAGGGUCUAAUCCAGUGUUGAUGUUGCACGGAGAUAAAGGCUCAGGGAAAUCCACAAUUGUGACAUACGCCAUAAACUACCUGCUUAAUUUCGUAUCAGAAGUGUGCCUGUUGGAUGUUGAUGUUGGUCAGCCACUAGUAUCAGCGCCAGGAUUGAUAACACUUACAUUUAUCUCCCAGAGUAUUACCUCUUCAAUUCAUUCUCUGGUGAGAGAUAUAAAGCCAAAGAUAUCGUUAUUGUUUGGAGAUAUUAAACUGGGCAACUCGUUGCUUGUUUUGAGACAUGUUAAAACGUGCCUCGAUAUGUAUGAGAAGAAUCAAAGGAGUUUCAAGACGCCGUUGAUAAUUAAUACAUUCGGAUGGACCACAGGGAUAGGUGGGCAGGUGAUUGAAGCAAUAGGGUCCAUUGCCAAGGUUGAAAUAAUGUUGAAGUUGGUUAAUUUGCCAAAGAUAAAUCAGAUGAUAAAUGUGUACACACACGAGGAAUUAAAGUAUCACCUAAAUCAACUGCAUUUGAGAGACUUGCGAGUUAAACACCCGUACGAAGAGUAUGAGGUUGACACAUUCCCACUGUUCGGAAAGGUGGUGGAGGACCUGGGAGGAAAGAUCCCAUGGGAUAAGUCGAACAAGGAGUACUACGUAUCGUCGUUCCAAAACUACCUGAACCUGCUUAAGAGCUGUAACAUUGAUCAGAUGUGCACGCAUAAUCACUUUUAUCACCUGCUGUUUAAGAGGGAGUCAGUGUCGCCGACAGAUAUGCGCUGGUUGAGAUUCUGCUCGUACCUAAACAACAGUUUCGCAGACGCACUGCACUUCCCACAGCUCAGGCACGAGGAGUUCUUCGGAAAGGUGGAGACGUAUAACUUUACGCACAACGUGAAGCACGCAGAUAAGUUCGAGUCCCCGCGACAGUUUCAAUUGAACGCAGCAGCGUACACAUUCGUAGUGCAGUCGGACGUGCUGCCGAAGACGCACGCAGAGUUGGUGCCGAUGAUCAGCGGAUCGAUGAUUGGACUGUGUAGAGGAAAGGCACACGAGCCAUUUAGGUCGAGGAUAUCGGACCAGUGGCACUUCGUGUCGUACGCAUACGUGCAUUACCUGAACCCAGAGGACCUGACCCUCCUUAUAUCGUAUCCGAGGUAUAAAACGGAAGGCCAGAUAACAAACACGAACAUAGUAGUGAUGUGUCUCAUGUACGGGUUUGAGCCAUGUCCCGGGAAAAUGUUUGGACUGAACAGUUAUCCUUCAAACAAUACACCUAAGUUGGAGCAUCUGGCGUCACAGGUAGGUGGAAUCGGAAUGACGAGCGUGUAG